UUUAUUUAGCCAUUUUCAGAUUGUGAUACGUGCAUUAUUUGGGAUAAACUACACUAAAAAUCUAGGGAAUACGAUGCAGGCAAAACAUGAAGGUUUAGAGGGGAAAGACUUAAACACACCCGAUAAUAUGUGCUGGUCUCUAUCUACAAAACAGACAAUGUAUCAUUAUCAUAUACCGAAGACCAAAACUUUCCCCAAACAAUAAUAUUCCAGAGGCUCGCUUAAGUAUAGAGAAUGUGGGUAUUAAUGUCGUACCGUACCACUAUAUAUCUUAAUCAAAUUAACUUUUUGUAUCGAGUAAGGUGAUUCUAAGUCUAGUGGUAUAUUGAGGGACUUUCAUGCCCUUAAAUUUGAGGGCAAUGGGAGGUAACCGGACGUGAAACCUUUUCUGUAGCCAAGAUUACAAGAUUCCCAAGACCUCAGCAUUUUACUAUCACAUUUUGUAGCCUGCCAACCGAUUUUAAUAUUAUGCACAAAACAGAAAAGGGAACUGAAAUGUUGCUGAAGUUUAUAAUAAUUUAUUUCAUACGUACAACUUUUUGUGAACUUUUAAGCUGUGAGCAUUACCUCCGUCGACGUGUGGCAGGCGUUUUUCAUUACGACCGUAACAGUAGGUACAGCCUUACCUACAUGGAGGCCAGGUUGGCCUGUGAGCGAGAUUUUGGUGCUAGUAUAGCUGAUAGGAAGCAGCUGCUUGCAGCAAAUGAGGGUGGGAUGGAGGAGUGCCGGGCCAGCUGGAUCUCAGAGGCGGAGGUUGCUUAUCCUCGGGUGCAUCUGAACUGGAACUGUGGGCAGAACCAGACUGGAAUCAUCUCCUAUGGUGUCAGGAAAGACCUGCUGGAGAAGUGGGAUGUAUUCUGCUACAAAAUGGACAAUGAUUGUGCAGUGCACCAGAGAUCGGAGUCUCCAGGUCUGCCCAGUCUUGAGCCCAGAGGAAAUGGACCUUUCGGGAAUGUUGGGGAUCUAUUUUUUGGGACUAGACCUACAGAGCACGGCAAAACAACUCAAGUGUUUCAGGGAGGGCAAAGCAUGGGACCUACUGAACACAGUGCUCCUGUUGCAACAUCUAUAAGUGGCAAGCAGGAUUAUAUGACAUACCCAUCUGGACAUGAAAUUGAGAGUUCUUCAUUAUCUAAUGAAUUAACCGGACGGAAUGGGGGACCUUCCAACAUCAAGAAUUAUCCAGACCGGGAAUCAGACUCAAACAUAGAUGGACAAAUGCUCGGUAUUCCUCUCUCGGUGGUUUUGCAGCUAGACACCGCUAAAGAUGAAUACAAGACUUCCAGUGGAACAAAUAACAAAUUGGGGCUCAACAAUAUCACUGAUAAAAAGUCCAGAAUCCCCGGUUAUCUUUCCUUCAACAAGUGUAUCAGGUGGCAGUCCAGGGUCUUUUGAGAUAUUAGAUCCUCCUCUAGUCUUUACAUUUUUAUUGAGUGGUACGUCAUCAAAGACAAACAGUGAUAUCCAAUCUAACACAGUCACAGCAUAUCAGCUAUCAAACUCUUUUGAGGUUAUUCCAGUACCUACCACUCAGACAUUUACUGAAGUUCUUGAUGUAAUUCACACAUCGGCUGUUGGCAUAGUUGAAGCACUCCCUGGAGAAAGAUUAGAUGAGAACCAUGAGCCCACAAGCAGGAUCACUGCUGCAUCGUUUCACUCGAGCAGUAUCCCCAGUGGUCACAUAGUAGAUGAACUCAGUUCAGAGUCACAGGACUCGGAAAGCAUGGAAAAUGCUGAUGAAUCUAAAAGCACUGGAAAAAGCACAAGGGGUAAUACAAAUGGCACUCAUGAAUUCCAUUCUACAAUCUCAGCUUCAUCCAUUAACUCUCCAGAGUCUAUCAUAACAGGAAGAAAUGUUGAAACUGCAUCUGUGGACAGGAACUCUACUCCAUCAAUUACUAUGCUAACCGCAUAUGAAAAUGCACAUGACUUCUCAGCAUCACCUGUGAACAAGUCUAAGGAAUCAGUGCCAUUUGUCUCCCAGUUAGAGGGUCAGAGGUAUGAACAUCAGCAGAUGACUGUGGAUGAGCUGAGUACUGAUAUCCAGAGAGUCUUUAAUGAAGUGGGGUCCACAUAUAAAGUUAAUGCAAGUAUUACGCAUGUUCAAAAGGGGCUAUCCCUGGUACACGCCACUGCAGUUCCAACAUUUUUAAAUCUGAGUAUCGACAAUGAGCAGAUAAGUGAUUAUUCUGAAACUCCUGAAGGUCUUGAUUACAAAACUGGAAACUUUUCGACUGGACCAACUGCAUCUUUAAACCAGCCUUGUGGCGAGGGAAAAGUAACACAAAAUGGUUCAUGUGUUACUGUAAUACAAUUGUUAGAAAAGCACAUGCAAUCAAAGGAGGCCUCUCCAUAUAGCACCCAGAACUCAACCCCCAAUGUUACGGACAUACCUUUACAGCUUGAUAAAACACAGGAGGCAACCUCUAUCCACCAUUAUGCAACUAUUACCAAUGAAGAUUUAAUUUCCUCAACUGUUUCCCCAGUCCAGGAUCAUGGGACACAUUCUCCCACACCCACAUUACCUAUGACAGAGCCAUAUUCCAAGGGCACAAUGCACACCACUGAAAAUACUGGAACUGACUGGUUGUUAGAUCGCUUCAUAGUGGAAAACAGUGGCAAUGUACCUCAAACUACAACUAAACAGCACAAUGAUUCUUUAAUGACCACAAAUGUAGUCAUGGUCACCACAGGGACAUCACCUCAGCUGAAUUUAACCCCUGGAAUUCAAGAAACAUCUGAAGCAACAACCACAAUGAACUGCGGAGGUUUUCUGGAUGAAGAGUACGGGGAUUUUCAGAGCCCAGGGUUUCCUCAUGCCUACCCCAGCGAAAUGGACUGUACCUGGGUGAUCUUCGUCCAGCAAGGUCACCUUGUCCAGCUAAACUUCCUCUCCAUGGUUUUGGAGGAGCAAAGGGGCUGCCAGUAUGACCAUAUCAUUGUAUUUGAUGGAAGAAUAUCAGAGAAACAGGAGAUUGGCAGGUUUUGUGGUUCAGAAUUGCCACCACCUCUCAGGUCUUCGUCCAAUAUUAUGACUGUCCAGAUGAAAUCGGACUCCUCAGUGGAGCUGGAUGGGUUCUCCGCCCACUUUCAGACCGUAAAAUCCCCUGCAGGUUCAGGGCGUUUACAACUAAGUGGAGGCAGGAACCAGUUUGGAGGGUGUGUUGUAGUGAAUAUUGAGGGGGUCCAAGGAGGAGUUUGUGCUAAGCAUUGGGGAAACAAUGAGGCAACAGUGGCCUGUCGCCAGCUUGGGUUCAUGGGAAAUGCUGUGGCCGCAAGGAUGCCAGAGAGUAUGGAUGACCUUCCAGUGUCCGUGUUAUUGGUUAAGUGUCGGGGGGAUGAGCGCUCACUGGACCAAUGUGAAAUUAAAAGGGGAGGAGUCUGCAGCACUCCUGAUAGAGCUGCUGUUCACUGCCAAGUUGCUCAGUCCUGCUCAGUGCUGAGAGACACUGGAGUGCUUGUGUCCGGAACAUACAUUAUUGACCCUGAUGGACCUGGGCAGGAACAGAACCCAUUCCCUGUCUACUGUGACAUGGACUCUCAACCAGGGGCUGGAGUGACGGUGGUGAGUCACAAUUCAGAAUCGCGGACUCGAGUCGGGCCAUGUGAGGAGGCUGGCUGCUACUCCAGGGAGGUUGUGUACCAGAAUGCAUCCCUGCCUCAGCUCAGAGCACUGAUAGAGGCUUCUCUUUCCUGCACUCAGGAUGUUAAGGUUGAGUGCCGACACAUUCGCUUCCUGGGGGCACAGUGGGGUUGGUGGACUUCCUGGGAUGGACGUAGGGUGGACUCAUGGGGCGGAGCCACUACAGGGAGCAGAAGAUGUGCUUGUGGAGAGAGAGGCGAAUGUGACCUUGGAUUGUCGACAUGCAACUGUGAUGCCAAUGACGAGGUGUGGCGGUCUGAUGAAGGCUUUCUGUCGGACAUGACCUUACUUCCUUUGAGGGAGGUGCGGUUUGGAGACACCAGAGAUGUCCCCAUGGAGAUGGCGUUCCACACAAUUGGACCACUGCAAUGCAGAGGGCACAAGUCCAGAGAACCAGUUCUGGUGUCAUGUGCUGCUCUGAAAGAGGCUGGCAUUACCCAGUCAGGACGAUACCUCAUUGAUCCAGAUGGGAUAGGACAUGGAGUUUCCCAGUUUGAGGUCUACUGUGACAUGACCUCUGACCCUUUGACAGGUGUCACGGUGGUGAGUCACGAUGGGGAGGGGCAAGUGCGUGUUUCUCCAUGCGAGGAGCCUGGCUGCUACAGCAGGGAGCUGCGGUACGAGGCGGACCUGGUGCAGCUCCACGCCCUAGCCCUAGCCUCCGCUUCCUGCCAGCAGCAUGUCAAGCUUGACUGUCGGCACACACGAUUUGUGCAGUCCGGCUGGGGCUGGUGGGUGUCCUGGGCGGGGCAGAAGAGGCUGGACUGGGGUGGAGCAAAGAGCAACAGUGGGAGCUGCGCUUGUGGAAUGACAGGUACGUGUGACAAACCAGGCCUUCUGUGCAACUGUGACAGCAAUGAUCACAUCUGGAGGAGUGAUGAGGGAAUCCUCGCAGACAGGAGUGCUCUGCCAGUGAGGGCUGUGCAAUUCGGGGACACUAAGGACAUCCCGCUGGAAAUGGCAUUUCACAACAUAGGCAAAUUCACCUGCGGAGGAAGGGGGUCCCCCAUUCCAUGAAAGUGUUUUAUAUCACUUGAUGCAUCGCUGCCUUGGUUUCUUCUUCAUUAUUAACUCUUCUUGGACUUGAAUUGGUGUCUCAUACAUCUUUGUGUAGUUCAAUCAACAUCUCCAAACAGCUAGCAACAGAACUGUCAACACUGUAAUGGAGUCCUACAUGAGUCUGUGUUCUCAUUCAUAAAUCAGGGAGCAAUGUUGUGGCAGUCAUUCUUACUGUGACCUAUCCUCACAUGUGAAUAAACUAUCUUAGACUUA